AUGGAGGCCAUCGUCGCUAUCUUGACGUGGUCUUGGUGGCGAGUCGGCGUGACGGUUGUCCUGUAUUUCGUGAGCCUGGGGUUCUAUCGCCUGUUUCUUCAUCCCCUAUCCCGAUUUCCCGGCCCAAAGCUGGCAGCAGUCACGCGUUGGUACGAAGCCUACUACGACAUUGUCAAGGAUGGUCAAUACACUUUCAAGAUCGAGCAAAUGCACAGGCAAUACGGACCAAUCCUCCGCAUCAGCCCCCACGAGCUCCAUGUGAGCGACCCUGCCUUCUUCGAGACACUCUAUUCUUAUGAAGGGAGGUGGCACAAGUACGACUGGGCAGUCAAUGCAUGGGCAGCUAAAUAUGCCACAAUCUUUACGGCAGACCACGAACUUCACAAAGCCCGCCGUCACCCUCUAAGCCCUUUCUUCUCCACGUCCAAAGUAGCCGCUCAGCAGUCGUUAAUCCGGAAACAUGUCCAAAAGCUUCAGAACCGCUUGGCAGGAUUCACCAUAUCCGGGGAGACAGUCAACCUUGGGGCUGCUACUACCGCCUUAACCCGAGAUGUGGCGAAUGAUUUCGUUCUUGGCAAAAGCUAUAACAGCCUCGACCGAGAUGAUUUCGAUUUUGCCCAGCUCAUUGCAAGCCAUGGGGCUGGAUCCAUGUGGCGCUUGUCGAAGCACCUACGAUGGGUUGCACCCACAAUGAGAUCGGUACCUAUCAAUUGGAUGAUAAGAUUUGGUGAUGAAGGGAUGAAGGCUUUCUUUGGCCAGUUAAAAGAAAACAUAAAGGAUACGGAAACUCUCAUGACGGCGGCCCAACACGGCUCUUCGGCCCCCAGUAUCAACACACAGAAACGCACAGUGGUCCACGAGAUCCUCGAGUCCAGGCUCCCGCCGCACGAGAAGGCCUUUGUGCGCGUCUUUGAAGAAGUAUCCACCGUGACCGGGGCAGGAUUCGAAACAACCGCCAGCGCCCUGCGGCUGAUCUUCAUCAACCUCUUCAGCAACGCCGAAAUCCUCCAACGGCUCAGGGCCGAGCUCUCAAUCAUAAACCCCCAGUCAGGAGGGGGGCCGAGCCUCCAGGAGCUAAAGCGCCUGCCGUAUCUGACCUCGGUCCUCAUGGAGGGGCUGCGUCUCAGCCCGGCCCUUGGCACGCGCAUGGCGCGCGUCUCCCCGGACAGGACCCUCCGCUACGGCGGGUGGCAGAUACCCGCCGGAACACCUGUCGGCAUGACGGUCAUACUGAUGCACACCGAUGGGACGGUCUUCCCUGACCCUUGGAGCUUCAAGCCUGACCGGUGGAUGGAUCCUGAGCUGCGCAUCAAGGCUGAGAGGUCGUUCGCCCCCUUCUCUCGGGGCACGAGGAUCUGUUUGGGAAUGAAUCUUGCAUGGGCCGUAAUGUACAUGGUGGUGGCCGGGCUUGCUCAGCGUUUUGACUUUCAGUUCGAGGACGCGACAGCUGAGGAUUUCUUGUGCGUGAGUGACCAGUUCUCACUUGGCACCAGAGCCAAAGGCUCGCUGAAGGCCUUUGUAUCAGAUCAUAAUGCCUGAGGUCACUGGUUAAUUUGUGUCCCACAUACUUGAGGACUCUUGCAGGGGUUAUUAGGAAUUUUAGACUAGGUUCUUAAAUAGGUUCUCAAAGAUCAGAUUGUUG